ACUAUCCCUCACUCACUUCACUCCACCCUCUCACUCUCUCUAUAAUAAACACUCAUCCUCUUUCUCUCUCUAACCCACCCAAAAAAAGUUUCCCAACAUAAUCAUUCCCUUUCCAGCUUUAUUAAUCAUCAUUAACUCUUACCAAAAAGGUAAAAACACACUUUAAUUACCUCAUUAUUUCAUAAUUAAUCAUCACUAACCUUGUCAUUUCAUUUCACCCCUUCAUUUAAUUUCAGUUUAUCCCUGUAUUUGUCAUUUGUUUUGCGCAUCUCGAGUUAUAUCUGAGUUAACUCAGAUCUGAAAUGCACCAUUAUUGACGAAAAUGUAAGGUAUUUGAGGUGAACAAACAAGCAAAACCCAAAAAAUCAUCAACAGAAAAGUAAGUUAGAGUGAAAAAAUGAGGUUUCCUUCAAGUUUUUCUAUAGUUUUAAUGGUGUUUGUUUAUGGGUUUUUAUGUAAUGCUGAUUUACUUGAGGAUGAUAAGAAGGCUUUAUUGGAUUUUGUGAAUAAAGCCCCUCAUUUUCAUGCCCUAAAUUGGAGUGAAAAUUCUUCAAUUUGUAGUAAUUGGACUGGGAUUACUUGUAAUGCUGAUUUCACCCGUGUGAUAGGGGUUCGAUUACCCGGUGUUGGGUUUAAUGGGGAGAUUCCGGGUAAUACGAUUAGCCGCCUUUCGGCUUUACAGAUAUUGAGCCUUAGAUCGAAUCGAAUUAGCGGUACAUUCCCUUUAGAGUUAAGUAAUUUGAAGAAUUUGACAAUGUUGUUUCUUCAGUUUAAUGACUUUUCUGGUCCAUUACCUAGUGAGUUUUCUAAUUGGGGGAAUCUUAGUGUACUAAAUUUGUCGAAUAAUCGGUUUAAUGGGAGUAUACCCAAGUCCAUUUCGAGUUUAAUUCACCUUUCAGCUUUGAAUCUUGCUAACAAUUUGAUAUCUGGUGAGAUUCCUGAUUUAGGGUUGUCAAGUUUACAAGUAUUGAAUGUGUCAAAUAACAAUCUUACUGGGUUUAUUCCCAAGUCAUUGCAAAGGUUUCCUAGGUCAUCAUUUGUUGGAAAUGAUGUUGGGUUAGUGAAUUCUUCGGUUGAGCAGUCGGAUGUGGCGCCCUUGAUUCGAGAGGAGCCAACGAAGACUAGGAAUUUGUCGAGGCAGGGUUGGUUUUUGGCAAUUGUAAUCGGGUUUAGUGUUCUUGGAAUUGGAGCAUUCGGGUUUUUGUUCGUUGCUUGUUUGAGAAAAAGGAAUGUUGAUGAUGGGUUUACAGGGAAAUUUCCCAAGGGAAGAAUGUCACCUGAGAAAACAGUAUCGGGUAGUCAGGAUUCGAGGAAUAGACUCGUGUUCUUUGAGGGUUGUAGUUAUGCGUUCGAUUUGGAGGAUCUUCUUAGGGCUUCUGCCGAAGUUUUGGGCAAAGGGACAUUUGGGAUGUCUUAUAAGGCGAUUUUGGAGGAUGCGAAUGUUGUGGUCGUUAAGAGGCUUAAAGAAGUGAGUGCUGGGAAGCGGGAAUUCGAGCAACAGAUGGAUUUGAUCGGGAGCAUUAGGCACGGCAAUGUUGUUGCGCUUCGAGCUUUUUACUACUCCAAGGAUGAAAAAUUGAUGGUGAAUGAUUAUUGCUGCCAAGGGAGUAUCUCUGCAAUGCUACAUUCUCAGAGAGGAGAAGACAGGAUCGCUCUAGAUUGGGAAACACGAUUAAGAAUUGCCAUAGGAGCAGCUCGAGGAAUCGCUCAUUUACACACAGUCAAUAGCGGAAAAUUCGUGCAUGGUAACAUCCGAUCUUCAAACAUCUUCCUUAACUCUAAGAAAUUCGGCUGUGUUUCAGAUUUCGGAUUAGCCUCAGUAAUGAGCCCACUUGCCCCACCUAUUUCCCGAGCUGCUGGUUUUCGAGCUCCUGAAGUCACAGACACCCGAAAGGCAACCCAACCAUCUGAUGUCUACAGUUUCGGAGUAUUCCUACUCGAGCUUCUUACAGGAAAGUCGCCUGUUCAUGCAACCGGGGGUGAUGAACUCGUGCAUUUAGUUAGAUGGGUUCAUUCAGUUGUUCGAGAGGAGUGGACUGCUGAAGUCUUUGAUCUCGAACUUCUGAGAUAUCCUCACGUAGAAGAAGAAAUGGUCGAAAUGUUGCAAAUUGCUCUGAGUUGUGUGGCUCGGGUUCCUGAUCAAAGACCUAGAAUGUCGGAUCUCUUAAAAAUGAUAGAGGAAGUGCGACAUGUUCCAGCCGAAGUUCACACUGAAACUGAAUCCUCGACAAUGACACCACAAUAGCAAGCUAAUCGGGUUGUUUUGAGUCGUGUUCUGUUUCGUAUUUCUUUCCUCGAGUUAUUCGAAUCAAUGUAUUCAUACUGUAUUUUUGGCCUAUGAAUUUGGCCAAAAUCAAUAGUAGGGUUUUUCCCUCAUAAUGUAGGCGUUUAGCUGUAGAAGAACGUGUUACAAUACAUGAGUUUCUUCAUUUUUUCACUCAUCAGUUUGUUUAUUUAUGUUUGUUGUAACUUUCAUUUCAAGCGGUAUUGAAAUGAAUCUUAUUUUUGUGAUUUUUCGUUUUUAUUACAAGUAUGACUAUAAACUUUAUUUCAUUA